AUGUUGCAAAACAUCACACGUCUUGGUCCCGUUGAUUUCGAACAUUUGAAUCUGCCACUAUGGCUAUGUGCCUUCAUCGACGGUGCUGGCCCACAUACUCACAAACUCCUAGAGUCAGGCUGCAAAGAUGUUACAUGGAUGUAUCAAACAUACGCCGGCUGGAUUAGUCUGGCUAUGGUCAUUAUCUACUUCAGUGGAAGCUUUUUUGCACUAUUGGUCAUGAUAGGCAUUCUGUUGAAUGUGACAGAAGGACUAGGUCAGAAAUUGAAUGUUCGAAAGGACAUGAUGACAUCUGGGGAUACGAGCGUGGAAGAAAAAGGGCAAAUUUCGGCAGUCUGGUUACGAGAAGAUAGCGAGGACGAAAUUAGAGAGAAAAGCCAUGUCAAAUUCAUGGUUAAUGAGUUCAGGAGUACUGCAAGGAUUCAGAGUGUCUAUAAAGGAAUCGAUGUGCAGUGCUUACAAUCGAGUUAUAUUCAAGAACGGCGAGUCGAAGAGAAGACUGGCAUUGAUGAUACACCUCAAUUCUUCACGAACAUCAAUGAUAUUAGAAGACUAAAAGUAGCUGGUGUCGGUGAAUUUAAAGCAUUUUACAAGGAUAUGGAAGUAGCACAGGGCGUUCAAGGCUUAGCCACCUCGUUGAAGGACUCUACCUUGUGA